GUGGCCCUUUUCAACUUGACAUCGCUAAGCAUCAAGACUACCAUUUUACUAUUCCAAACAUACUGUGACACAUCGUUCAGGAGGAAAACUACUGCAUCAACCCUUGAAUCGUUAUCAAUAAAGCAAAGCGUUAUCAUGGUCAGAACAUUCGUCAUAAAGCUAAACAACGCUACCGACACAAGGCGAAUAACGUUCUUUAGUCCCCGAUGUCGUAUCCCUUCUCGAACGCCUUGAACAUCAUCGCGUAAGUUGUCCCUCGAUGGGUUCUCGUCAUCGGCGUGUUGUUGAACCGCUACACGGCGAAAGCGUUUGGACUGCGAUACCGCUUUUUGUAUCAGAGCGAAGUUGAAGAAUAUUAUCAAGCUCAAUGGCAAUGACAUGGACAUCGGCAGCAUAAGAAGAUAUGGGAGAGUCGUCGGCAGUGUUGCCUGAAAGCCUUCUGGGGAACAUUCAUGCAUGUCGAGAAACGGAAAGUGGCGUAAUGGCAGGAACAUCAGAGCACACAACACAGAAAGCAGAAAAAUCAAAAUAGAAAUGGACAUCACGAGGCGUUUUUGCAUCAUCUCCUUGAUAACUGUGCAUCUCUUUGUUGUUCCAUCGAGUUCCACUGACAAGUUAUUCGUUGCCGAUGCCCACGAGAACGGCGGGAGCAUCCUCAUGGCCGAAACCGACGGGUUAAGCUUCGUCAAUGCCACCUUCAGCACACUUCCCCUCACUGGACUCCGACAGCCCAUCGGUGUGGAGUAUGAUCCAAGGACAGAGAUGGUGUAUUGGACGGACGCUUUCCUGCACACCAUUAACAGAGCCGUCAUUGACGGUUCUAUGCAGGAGGUCAUCGCUCAACUGGACCAGACAAGCAUACCAGAAGAUUUUGAAUAUCCUUUUGGAAUCGCCCUGAACCUAGAUGAAGAUAAGGUCUACUGGGCUGAUCAAUAUAGCGAUAGGAUAGAGAUUGCUGAUCUGGAUGGCUCUAAUCGAGAGGUUUUGAUAUCAACUGGCUUCAACACAAACGCGGCUGGCGUAGCUUACUCACGAAUAAGAAGGAAAAUAUUUUGGACAGAGCAAGGACCGGAGCCUAAAAUUGAGAUGGCCAACCACGAUGGCACCGGUCGCCAAGUCCUAGUUGAUAGCUCCCAACUUGUAAAGCCAAAUGGAAUAUGCCUCGAUUCUCCAGAGUCGAACCUUUAUUGGACCGAUACGGACAGAGACAGCCUGGAAAGCAUAAACUUGGAUACUAUGACGACAUCAAUACAUUUCAUGAUAAACCUUGAUAUUCAUCCGUUUGGAAUCGCAAAUUAUUUUGAGGAUUUAUAUUUCUCCGACAUUCUAUCGGAAACUGUGUAUCUUGUCGACUAUCCCGAUCGCAGCCUGGCUCAAAUUGAUCGUGCUUUGCCCUCACCUGUUGAUAUUCAUAUCUAUUCAGAUACAACUUGUCCAGGCUUCAACCUUUGCGCCGCCACGGGGACAUGUGUUUUGACUACUCGGCAACCUGAGAACAAAUUUGUAUGCCUUUGCCGACCUGGAUACACAGGGAUUUACUGCGAUGAAGAUAUCAAGGAAUGCGAUUCAUCGCCUUGCAUUCAUGGGAGAUGUAGUGAACCUGAAGUUGCUUCUUACGAGUGUACCUGUCAACCUGGAUUCACAGGCCGAAAUUGCGAAAUAAACAUUACUUAUUGCGACCCGUCACCCUGUACGAAUGGAGCCACCUGCAUGGAAGAAUCACUAGGAUAUACAUGCGAGUGUGCUGAGGGUUUUACCGGAGACACAUGCAGUGAAGAGAUCACGUGUCCGUUGCCGAACCAUCCUCUUAGCCAUGUUUCGCAACCCCAGAGUACGUACAUGGCAGGAGCUCUGAUCACGAUCGAAUGCGAUGAGAUAGAUGCGUCUGUCGUUUGGAGAUGUAAUGGCGCCACCGGAGAAUGGAUUCAGUUGGCCGAUCUAGAUUGUCAAUCAGAUGAAAAAGGGUUGCCAAUAUCAGCUCUAAUAGGUAUUGUGGCUGGGGCAUUGUUCGUUCUAUUAAUUGGAAUCUGCCUAUGUUUCCUAUACAAAUUUGUAAAUAAAAGAAACCGGGAUCUGCCAUUAGCCAGCGACCUCCACGGUAAUACCAACUCUGCUGCCAAUGUACCAAUGGGUGCUGUAGGACGUAGGUCCCAGCCAUGCGCUGAAAGCAAGAUAUUAGGCCUGGAUGAUCCCAUCUAUGCUGCUCCUAAGGAUGUACUUUCUAAUGACUACGCAUCGACAUACUCAACACAGAUUCCCCGUACCUCUGAAGGGAGUAGGUUAGGAGCAUUACCAGACAUACCCAAAGUUGAUGAUCUCCCACCGGAAUAUUCUGUUUGUGAUCCUACCCCCUCGGGUGGUGAGCUUGCCACACCUGCCGUGGGUAACAUGUACGAGUCAAGGAUAGGCUACCAACGCGCUCCCGUCGACAUGACGCCCUCACCAAUGAUGGCGCCAAAGAACCUCAAUCAUCAUUAUUAUGAACAUCGGCCCCGUUCGGAAGCUAAGGAUAAGCCUAAUGAGUACUUUGUCGUCCAAGAAGAUUAGCUAUACAGAGUCAAGAACAUUUUAAUCCUUAUCGAACUAAGGGUCUGUUAAAAAUUAUGGUAAUCCAAUGCACUUUGGAGAUUGAUUGUUAAAUUUUAUCUUUUUAUGUUUGCCUUAAAACAAGUCUAAUGUGCACGAGACAAAUACAAAUGCGUUUUAUUGGAUAAAUUUUGUGAUAAGGUAUGAACAUUUUGUUUGAUCGGUUGAACAAUAAAUUUAGAUUUCUCGGUGUAUCCUUCAAAUAUAAAUCCAUAUGUCAUAGAAUGAUCAUUCACAGGAUGCCAUUAUUAUCUGAAGGCCGUCUUAUGUCUAAUCACUAUACAGAUUUAAAAGAUAAUUGCUAAAGGGUCAGAAGAAGGUAAUGAAACAUUUCUAAGAAAGGGCGGUCACUAGCCCAAUAUUCGAAAUUCAGCAUUUGGAAAAGAUCAACAGAACAAAGAUGCAAUGGUCUCUUUACUUUUUGUAAGAUUGGAAAAUUAAUCCACUCCAAAUAGAUUACCCUUGCCAAAAUUUUAAGUUGUGGGAAGAAUAUCAGAAUCCUCCCCUGUUUAUGUGUCUCUUGCAUAUUCUACUGCAUGUAAUAUAACAUUUUUUCCAUAACGCUCUUUAUAUUCAAUUUGAAGUAUGUUUGAAUCAUCUUGGGUAUUCCCAGCACAAGCUGCAUUUUGCUGGUUUCCCCCUUCUGCUUUCUUCAUGAUUUACCAUUUAAAAUCAUUUAGAAUCAUUGUUACAUAAUAUAUCGUGUUUCAUAUGUCUUAGAUUUUCACGUAUUGGAUCCAAUGUAGGUAUAAAGCGCCAAACAUCCAAAGCCUUCGAUGGUAUAUUCGUUGCAGUCACUGGCGUACAGAUGUGGAAGGGGGCUUGGGUGCUAUGUCUAGUCUGCAUGCACAGACAUUUUUGUUGCAACUCGCAUAGUGUAGAGUCUGAAGUAGUGAGACUAGAUUCAUUAUUUACCAUUGCCACCUUUUAUCUUGCACAAACAGAGUUUUGCAAUUUGCAGUCUAUUUUUUUUCAGAAAUGGUAAAAUUGAUUAAAGUGUCAAAUAUGAGUAUUUGCUUGCAUACUAGGUCAUGCACCCCACCCAGUUUCAAGAUCAAGAAGAUAAAAAAGGGACAAAAAGAGAGAGGUAAAAGAUAAAUGGGUUAAUUGUUACAUCAUUUUCUGAAUAGCAUGUCAAAGUCAUGAAAUUGAUCCACACUGUGCUGCAGUCAAAGCGGGUAGGUGUGUGCCGGACAGGAAUUAAUUAUGCGAGUACGCUGUAAUUAUGUAUUACGGCCACCAAGCUAAAUCCGUUGUAAUAAGUCCUUUUGAACCGCUCAGAGACGUUAUAAUCAUAAUAAUGUUAUAAUCGGUAUGCAAGAACUGUUUAUUAUUACUAUGAUUGAUAUCUGCGUCUAUUUGAUUUAACAAUUAUUGAGUAUGUACCCAUCAUAAAUACUGGUGGAAUUUUGGCAAUUGAUCAGAAGACUUAUACCUCGGUCACAUUCAUUCAUUCAUUUAUUCAAUUUUUCCAACGAAAUUAAGAAGCAAUAAUUACAAUAAAUAAAACAUAACAUCAGAAAAUACAAAUGAUAAAUAUUCAAGUAAACCAAAUAUAUAGAAUAUGCACCUCAUACAGAGGAUAAUAUAUCAAAAAUGUUGGAAAAACGGAGUGGUCCAUUUGCUCUACGGCGGCCGUACAGCGAGUCGAAAACAGCCGUUUGACAUUUUUUUUUUUAUAAUAGCUACAUAAUAAUAUAUAAAAAUCAAUAAAAGGGCUGUUUUCGACUCGCCGUAGAGCAAAUGUGACCAAUGUAUUAGUAUUCCUGAAAGAAUAGACAGAUUUACGGCUUGAAAAAUUGCCUGUAAAUUCAUAUGAAUGUGAAUCUGAUUCUGUUCUGUUCGAUUUCUUCAUCCCCAACUAUCGUUGACGAAUAGGAACCUCAGUUCAGAGAGCGAGUAUACAUGUCGGGAUUCAAUCCAUUUUUGUACAGUUUAAUAUAUUGGUUUAACCAUCAAAUACAAAAACAAUACAAAUUAGUUAGAGAAUUAGACAAGCAACCUUUAUAAAUAUUGCCCUUCUCGAUGAUAUCCCAUAUGUGAAUUCUGUAAGUUCCAAUAUCACUGAAAGGGCUUAUGUGAGUGAACUUGUGACGUCACCGUGAUGAAACUUCAAUUUUUUACGAUCGUGAUAUUUAACCUAUUUUCAUAAUCUUUCGCUUGCAAUGCUGCAAGGUUCCUACAUUAUUGGUAUAGGUCAAGGUGACCAAUUGGUUGAUGUAGCACACACUGAUUUUAAAUGAUUUAAGUGUAACCAUUCUUUACAAUAAUAUGCAAAAUAAUGUAAAUAAAGUGUAUUA